UUGCCCCAAACGGAACACGAUAAAUCCUAACUGGUUGAAAACAAUGCUCAAUCAAAAUCACCUACUUCUUUUGCUGGGUCUGGCUGGUUUUUUUAUCAGUGGUGCUGCUCAAAUAGAUUCCACAUGUCCGGGUGGUGUUGGCCAUCUUGGAACAAACUACACUAUUGUAGGUGACAGAAGCAACUAUACAGGAUUUGUAUGGGUUCGACCAAGUGAUGACCUUUAUGUCGUCACGUGCAACCCCAACUGCAGCUCUGUGGCCGGAUACAGAGCAACCAACGAUCCAUCCUCUAUACUAACCAUCGAAAGUGUUGGGAAUAUAGAUGCCGGGACGUGGAACAUAAGGAACGCAGAUGAAACGGGUGCUGUGGGCGUGUGUAAGCUGACGGUAGCACAAACUCCCGAAUGUACCGUUAGCGGCGAUCGGGACACUGACGCUCUUGACCUUGACACGGCCCUGCUACUCACAGUGAAUGUGACCGACUACUAUUGUUCCGAACUAACUGGCUUGAGUCUUAUUACUGGCGCUGUCUUGGAGACGCUGAAGGUGAACCACAACGUCAGUGGCGUCACUUCCGACGUUAUUAACAAAACCGUCAGUAUAAACCUUUCAAGUCUUGGCGACGUCAGAGUGAGGUUUACGUGUGACGACACUAGUUAUAAUCUGAGCUGUCGUGGAGUUCAAAGGUUGUUAAAAAGUCCACCACAGUGCAACAUCAGCAGCGACUCAGACACCAACGCUCUAGAUCUUGGAACAAAUCUCAACCUGACACUGGAACUCAGAGGGUACUACUGUUCUCAACAAGCUGGGUUUGAUCUCACAACUGGCAGCGUCACAGACGUCUUGUUACAGAACCAGACAACGAACAACAUCACAGACACUGUCCAGCACCACUCCUUCAACGUCACAUCUGACCGCUUUGGAGACGUCAGUGUCACAUUCAGAUGUGACAACAGCAACAGAACACUCUCUUGCGGUGGAGUUUCUAAACUCACAGCUGCUACAACAACUACAACACCCGGGUCGACAGAAACAAGUACCAACAAUUCUAACAGCAGCAUGCAAACAAGCUCACCAUCGCCAUCGCCAUCGCCAUCGCCAUCGCCAUCGCCAUCUGAGGGGUCGACAACACCCAAAAGUACCACUUCUACUACUGAAUCAUCGCCAACAGACCUCACCCUGGGACUUGCUAUAGUAGGACUACCAGUAUUCAUUUGUGUUCUUGCACUUAUUGUUAUUGCAUGCAUUCUCCAAAGGAAAAGGCUGAAAAAAAUUGGAAAGUAAAAUCGCAUCAGGAAGCCGUGGUUCUCAUAAUACAAACAAAGGAGGUCAAGAAAUGAGUUUGUCAAAA